AAUAACUGCUAAACAUAUAAUAGCUCAUCAAUCAUUUAAAGCGCGGGUCAAAUGGCCAUGGUUCGUCGCGGUUUCUAUGACGCAACGACGCCAGACCAAAAUGAGUCGUCUGCUUGCGCGAAGCUGCGUCCUCUGACAUAGGCCGUGGAUAAGGAAUGGAUAAAACUCUGAUGUGGCAAGAGUUCGUGGAAGGGAGUAUCUCUGGUAGCUUCCCUAGAUAGAGUAUAUUAAUCUUGUAAAGAUAGAAAUGAAAUAACAAGUUCAACAUCAUUGAAGUUGAUAAACUAACUUAGAUGUUGAUAAACUACGGUAAUGUUUGUUAAAACGAAGAUGUAGACUAUAGACUACGGUACUUUUCAGUUAUUGAAAUGAUAAUUAUGUUCCGAUUCAUGGUAACAUGAAACGAAGGAAAUAUUUUUGCAAAAUUAAAGAUAAAAAAAGAGAUAGUUCUAUGAAUAAAAUACGAAUUCCUGAAAAAUAUGUUUGCUAAUUGAAUCAAAAUGAGUGGCUUAUCAGUGGAAUCGACCAUUUCAUCAUUUAGCUAUGCUACUCUGACUUAUUUUACCCAUGAAUUUCAUUAGAAUAUAAGACAUACAUUGUUAUUGUACCAUUGUCAUUAUCAAUUAUAUUUAUUUUAUAAACAUCUCUUCUUGUUGUCUUGACCUUUUUAUUCUCAUUGCGCUAUAAUCUAAGUGACCAGGCUAUUCAUAGAUAUAUUUAACUUAUAAAUCUGAACCGGAAAUUUUUUAGAUGGUAUGCAUUCUUCAAAUUUUUAAUUGUAUGAAAGUAGCAUAAUUUCCAUGAUAUGGCUGGUUUCCAGUUUGACAAUCAUUUGCAAGUUCAAUCACCAGAAAAUGCACGCAGAAGCCCAUUUGCAAGUGAUACAGAUGAGUCAGCAUUUACAAGAUUAAAUCUUCGAUCAACAGAUGAAAUACCACUAAAAUAUCGGCAUGUUUUUGACGGAAUACCAUAUUUUAAUGUUGUUCAGUCAACUGUUCUUGAUGACGUUUUGUACACUGAUAAUCCACUUGUCGUCUGUGCACCGACAGGAUCUGGAAAAACUAUGAUAUUUGAGCUUGCUAUCAUCCGGAUGCUUCUCAAAUGUGAUGAAUAUUCACGGCCUCACAGUGAACAAAAAAUUAUAUACAUGGCCCCAAUUAAGGCGCUUUGUGCUCAACGUCAUUCUGAAUGGGGACAUAAGUUUGAAUCUAUUAAUCUAAAAUGUACACAGCUCACAGGAGAUUCGAACAACGAUGAUUUGGCUGAAUUGCAAAAGGCUAAUAUUAUAUUUACGACUCCAGAGAAAUGGGACAGUACCACUCGACGUUGGCACAAUAAUAUAACACUUAUAAGUCAGAUCAAACUUUUUCUUAUUGAUGAAGUUCAUCUUCUGAAUGACGAAUCAAGAGGAGCUACGAUGGAAGCUGUCAUUAGUAGAAUGAAAACAAAUCGAUCCCAUAUUUCUAUGAAAACAGGAUCAAAUUUUAUUCAUGCUUUGAGAUUUGUUGCAGUAUCUGCUACAAUUCCUAAUGUUAUUGAUAUAGCAGAUUGGCUUGGUUCAAUUGACCUACCUGCCACUCACUUUUUACUCAGUAAUGACUUGAGACCUGUUAAGCUUAAUGUUGUUGUUUUGGGUUAUCCAUGCUAUACAGACUCGGAAUUUAAAUUUGAUGUUAGCUUGAAUUACAAACUCAGCAAUGUAAUUGAAAAUUACUGUGAGAAUAAACCAACUUUAGUGUUUUGUUCAACUAGGAAAAGUGUGGAGCAGGCUGCAUCUAGAUUGGCUUGCGAUUCUAGAUUUGUUGUCAAUGAAAUGCACCAAAGACUCCUGAAUCAAAUUGCAAACCUUGUGAGAUGCCAUAAACUAAGAGAUUGUUUGAUGAAAGGUGUGGCGUACCAUCACGCUGGAUUAGAUUUUCAUGAUCGGGAACUUGUUGAAAAAGGUUUUAUCCAAGGACAUAUUCUUGUUUUACUUAGUACAAGCACACUUGCUAUGGGUGUUAAUCUUCCUGCCCAUUUGGUGAUCAUCAAGUCGACGAGUCAUUAUAUUGGUGGUGUAUGUGAAGAGUAUUCACAGUCAGAACUUAUGCAAAUGGUUGGGCGAGCUGGCAGACCACAGUUUGAUACAACUGCUACGGCAGUUAUUAUGACAAAACAAAAAAAUCGAGAAAAAUAUCAAAACAUAACUCAUGGAACAAAACAAAUUGAAAGCUCACUACAUAAGCAUCUCAUUGAACAUUUAAAUGCAGAAAUUGUGCUUGGAACCAUUCCUGAUGCUAGUUUGGCAUUGGAGUGGAUAAGAUCGACAUUUUUAUACAUUAGGGCACUGAGAAAUCCAGUACAUUAUGGAUAUUCAGCUGGACUUAGUACUGCAGAAAUUGAGAGUCAUUUACAAGACCUUUGCAUCAGUAAUUUGAAUGCUUUAGCAUCUGAAAAUUUAGUCAAUAUCAAUGAAUCUUUCCAUCCGAACUUACUUCAAACUACUUCCACAGGUCGUCUUAUGGCACAAUAUUGUAUUGCAUUUGAAACUAUGAAAAAUUUUCUCAGAUUUCAAUCAAGUCCAACUGUUGAAGAAUUAACAGGCUUGGUUUCUAGUUGCAAAGAAUUUCAAGAUAUUAGUCUGAGAGUUAGUGAGAAAUCUGUACUAAAUAAACUCAACAAGAAUAAAACAUCAAUGACAAUUAGAUAUCCGAUGGAAGGUCGAAUAAAAACAUCACAAAUGAAAGUAAAUUGUCUAUUACAGGCUGUUCUGGGGAACCUUCCAUUGCAAGAGUUUGCAUUGCAACAAGAUAUGAACAAGAUUUUUCGAAUUGCAUCUCGUGUGUCAAGAUGUUUUAUGGAACUACAGUUCCAAAAUACUGACUUCAAUUCUCUUUUGAAUGCUGCUAAAUUUUCCCAGUGCAUCAAAGCUAAAAUGUGGGACGAUUCUCCUUAUGUUUGUAAACAACUUCCUGGGAUAGGGCCAGUUCUUGCAACUGCUUUGGUAAAUGGUGGCAUAAGGAAUUUUGAAGCUGUAGGAAAACGAAAUCCAAGAGAACUGGAACUGAUAGUAAACAGACAUCCUCCUUUUGGUAAUCAACUACAAGAUGCAGUAAGGUAUUUGCCAAAAUAUCAAGUUUCAAUUGAAGAAUUUGGAUCUCGUGGGUUUGGAUCCCAAACUUUUAGAGCUCGGGUAUCAAUACAAAACCACUAUGAUUUGAGAAGAAAACAAACUAUCUUUGGCAAGCAUACUUCUCUACUGAUCAUAGGAGAUUCCAAUAAUAAUUUACAUCUCAAAAGAAAAUUUACUGAUUCGGAUUUGCUGCGCUCGGAAUGGUCAACUAAUAUUGAAGUCAAACGGAUGGCAAAUGAUCUUGAAUUAAAAUUGGUGUUGUGUAGUCAGGAAUGGGCCGGAUUAGAUGUCGAAUGCACAUAUAAACCUUUUGCCAAUCGAACAACACAAUCCACCUCUCAUGAUAUGGAAGACAAUUUUAACACAGAUUACAAGAGAUCCAGAUAUUUUGGAGGUAAUAAUAAUUCAAUGCAUGGAAGUUAUGGUAUUCCCGUUUCAAAUGAUGAUGUACUGUUUGAUUCAUUUGAAAGCAUUCAUAGCCCUUCAUCAGAGAAAAAAGUUUGUCAAAAAUCAACUCAGAAAAAAAAUUUAAAAUCAAAAUAUACAAAUAAAAAUGCUUCAGAAAAAAGAUAUUCUUCAAAAAAUAUCUCAAAUUGGAUGAAGGAAUUUUCAUACAAAAAAUCAUCGAGUUUUGUCCCGAGUUCAAGCCAAUGUUUAUGGAAUAAUAAACCUGAAUUUAUUGAUAUUAAUGAUGAUGAGUUAUCUGAAAAUCAAGAUGCAGACUCUGCUAUUUCAAUGUAUCUGGAGGGUCUGGGUGAACAUGAAAACCAACGUGUAACAACUAAGAAUAAGAAUUCUUUUGAAAGCCAUUUUGUCAAUAAGAGAAAAUCAAAUGAAACGGUGAACACAAAUUUGGUUCGAAAAAAGUUGUAUUUUGCUCCUGAUGCGAAAAAUUCUUCUGUGGAUGAUUUUAAUAUAGCUAAUGCUCAACCAAAUUUUGAUUUGGAUUGGGACGUCUGGGAUGAUGGGUUGAAGGAAACUGUAAAUGAAGAAAAGCAAUCUUCAUCAUUUGAUCAUGAAUUUUCAGAUGAUGUAAUAUUAACAGCAGAAGAGAAUAGUCCCAUCCCAGUAAAGCGUCAGUUAUUAUCGCCAACAUUUUCAGAUAUUUCAUAUGAUAAAUUGAGACAAACUCCUGAUGACACACCAAUAACAUCAAAAGCUUCUGGAAAAAUGUAUCCCAGCUGUUCUUAUAUUUCAAACCAAAGAUCAAAUACAUUUACACCUACAAUGAAACAAACAUCAUCCAAAGAAAACUGCUUUUAUAGAGGUAAAACAUCUGAUAAUAUAUCUGAAAUACCAUGUACAAGUUCUCACAAGUCAGUGAUAGAAUCAAAAGUUUGUAAAUCACCAUUUCCGAAACAAAAAGAAAAUUGUGCACCAAAGUCUUUUUUCGAUGAUAUAUUUCCAGCAGCUACAAAAUCAAAUGAGACAUUCAACCCUCUAGUGACAAGCAUUAAGAAAGCGGACAAAAAAGAACUUGAGAAAGCUCAACAAAUUUAUUUUAGCAUUUUGGACUCUUUCGAUUUGUAACUGUUAUAUCACAGCAAGGGGUAGAAAUUUUGCCCAAAACAGAUACUAACUGUAAGACUACAUCCAGCAUUAGAAGUUCUUUGCAGUUGGGUUCAGUCAUUAGUUCCUUAUUUUAGUUAUGUUUCACACUUUUCUCUGAACAGAAAGUUUGUUACAUAUAUGUAAGUGUUUUCAUAUAUUUCAGGUAAUAGAAUUAUAUACAAGGAUGAGCAAUCGUUUCAAAAGGGGUAGAUUGAUGGUAAAAAAGUAGAUUUUUUUUGAAUUCAGAAAAGCAUUACAGAAAAGUAAAUUUCAGUUUGUAUAAAAAGUAAUAUGGGCAUAUACCUCUAUAGAUUUAGUAAGCAAAUUUAUAUUUCAAUGGUUUGUCUUCAGGUUUUUCAUUGAGAUUUUUGCAAAUAUUCUGAAUGAACGAAUUGAAGAAAUGUUUUUAUUUUUUAAUCCUUGAUAAUUAAUUUAAGCAAAUGAAAUAGAGAACUAUUGUUGUUAAUAAACUACCUUUAAAUAUGUGCAUUUGCAAUAUGAUGCUAGAAUCUAAUGUCAUUGACUAUAGUUUAUGUAACAUUUUUUGACGAUGGAAUUUAUAUAAGAAUGAA